AACCUUUCUUCCAGUAUGGAAGCUGAUAAAAGUAUUUGAAGCUAUCCAUUAGACUACUCAACAGGCGGACUGCAAGUCUCAGUCGAGUGCGACGAGCAGAUAACUUCAUGAUGUCGACACAGGGGCAAGCAUCAGAACUCUACCUGACUAUCAGACAGCUAAAUGGACUAUUGAUAUUAGUCACCUUUAUUGCAGGUGGUGUGUCCCAAAUCAUUUCAAUAAAUUGUCCAACUGUUCUUGAAGGAGUGUGGGGAAACGUUACUUGUUCAGUUAACAAAACAAAAGUUGCGGCGGCGUCCUCUUGUUACCCUAGAAGACUUCAGUUCGCUUUAAAAAAUGAGUCAGGAAUAUUGAAUCCUGUAUGUGAGACCCCUUAUAAUGAAACAUGUGGCCAGGCUGGUAAAUUGAACUGCAGUUGUGUGGAAUCGAAGGCUGACAUAGAUACUUAUCAACUCCAGAUUUUGGGAAAAUGUAAUGAAACUUUAAUCUGCAAUCUUGACUGUUUACCGGAAACAUCAUUUACAGACAGUUGCCAGCUUGGUGAUUGUAAAAAGGAUUAUGGGUGCUCCGAUACAUGCAUCAUUGGAUUGAGUGCUGGUAUUCCUGCCUUUGUGGCUUUAGUUUCGAUGAUACUGUGUGUACUUAUAAUCAACGGAAAGCUCAGAUUUCCAAGAUGUUGUAAUCAACAAACAGGUGAAGAUGCCCGCACCAAAUCCUCAACACCAGAUGACCCAGUACAGACCUGUGGGAGAGGGCCAACCAAAAACCUGCCAACCCCGACAUCAAGAAGCUGAAGUGGGGCUGGAUCAGUCAUACCUUGCAAAAGCCGGCCGACAAUUUAAGAAGACAAGGCUGGAACCGACAGGAGAGGCGCAGGGUUGGGAGACCCAAACAGACAUUUAAACUGGACCAAAUGUUUUUUAUCACUAGCAUGAUAGAUAUAGUCAUUUAAUAUCUUUACAUGAAUAAGUUGCUUUGUUCAAGUCAGUAAAACAAUAUACAU